AUGCCGAAACGCAAGCUCGCCGAGCUCAACGGCCCCCCGCGGUCAAGCGACACCCGCAAGAUGUCGAUCCACGGCACCCGCCUGACGCAAAUGUUCGAGAACGGCGUACAACUCCUGAUCCGUGCGCUGAAGACGUCGCGCGGAUUUGAGCGACAGAAGCUCAGCCGACGAGAGAAAACUGCGAAGUCGCAGAAGGAUAUGAAGACACUGGCGCGGUUGGCAGAGGAGAUUGAAGCCUUGAAGACACUCAACUAUCACACCGUCUCGGAAAAAUACCUAUUCAAACAACUUAUCAAGACAAAACGCAUUGCCGAGACACGGACAUUCGGCGAGUUCCAAGAAGUCAAGAAAGUAUCUCAGGAUGGACCGAAAAAUACUGCCGAAGCCAAUAUCCUUGCGCGCCUAUUCAAAUCCACGCCCGUACAGAAAGAGAUGCCAGCUCUCAUGGCCGGUAUUCGGAAACUGCUGAGAGUCGACGAUGCGCCGGCUGGAAAGGAGGACAAGAAGGAAGUUGUGCUUAAGAAGGCUCCGGCGGAUGAUAUAUCCGACUCGGAAUCCGAGGGAGUGACAUUAAAAUCUCGGCGCGGUGAGCAGGACUCCCGUGACGUUGAGAUCUCUGGUGACGAGUCUGGAAGUGAGGAUCUGUCACAAUUCAAUUCGCGACUUGCUCCUGGUUCAGACUCUGAGGAUGAGGCCGAUGAGGAAUCUGGUGAUGAUGAUGACGAGAAAGACGAGGGUUCAAACGCAGACGACAUCUCAGAUUCGGUCUCUCGUUCACCUUCGCCGGACUUCUCUGCGGAGGAUUCUCCGCCGGCUAAGAAAGCAAAGGGAGUCAAGGGUUCUACUGCUCCGGUGAAGGAUACAACAUUCCUUCCAUCACUCAUGAUGGGUGGUUACUGGUCUGGGUCUGAAGAAGCCACAGAUGACGAGGAAAUUUCCGGAAAGAAGCCGCAGCGCAAGAAUCGUAUGGGUCAGCAGGCUCGUCGGGCAUUGUGGGAGAAGAAGUUCGGAGCGGGUGCCAACCAUGUCAAGCAUGAGGAGAUGAUUCAGAAGCUUGGUGGCCGAGACAAUGGGUGGGAUACCAAGCGCGGAGCUACUGAUGGUGCGAGAGGAGGCAGAGGUGGUCGCCGUGGUGGAUUUGGUGGCUCAGGACGUUCUCAGGAUCGGCACGAUGGCCAUGCUCCUGCUGGGCGGUCUAAGCCUGCGCCCAAGAAGGAUGAAGGUCCAUUGCAUCCUUCUUGGGAGGCAAAGCGGAAGGCUAAGGAACAGGCUACUACCGCUACGUUUGCAGGAAAGAAGAUUUCGUUCGAUUAG